AAACUGCUGGAAGAUGGUGAAAUGUAAAACUAACUGCAUUGAAAGGCCAAUUUCUCUGGUUUUUAAAAAGUUUGGCCGUGUUGUUGGUAGACAUCCAGUUGUGUUUCUCAUAUUAUCUUUAUUUGUAGCUGCUGGUCUUGGAGCUGGUUUUAUCUUUCUUAAAGACAGGGAGGCAAAUGAUAUUGAAGAUCAGUUCACACCUGUAAAUGGACCGGCUAAACAGGAGAGGAAGAUUGUAGAGGAAUUUUUCACACAAACUGAAGAAUUUUCUCAUCUGCGGCUUUCGUCUGAAGGAUCUUAUGCAUCUUUGAUCAUUACAGGUUUGGAGGGAGAAAACAUCUGGACUGAGGCUGCUUUUACUGACAUUAUUGAGCUAGAUAGACAAGUUAAGAGUAUAACAGCAGGUGACACUUUUAUAAACCUUUGUGCCAAAACUAAAGGAAAGUGCGUGUCAAAUGCAAUUUUGGACUUCAUGAAUUACAAUCAUGGAGAAAUUAAUUUUACAACCAUUAGAUAUCCUGUAAAUAAUGGCGUAUUUUUAGGAACAACUGUUGGUGGUGUAGAGCUAAAGACAGGAAGCUCAGAGAUAAGCGGCGCUAAAGCAAUCAGACUUUUUUAUUUUCUUAAAGAAGAAAACUCAACACGAAACACUCAGUGGCUUGAUGGUUUCCAAAACUUUUUCUCAAACUAUUCAAGUACUAUGAUGGUGCAUGUCUCUUACUUUACAUCAAUAUCCAGACAGAAUGAGUUUGAGACAAGCUCAGACUCUGUGAUUCCCCUCUUCUCCAUCACUUAUUUCCUGGCCAUUACCAUUUCAAUUCUUUCUUGUCUGAGGUUAGAUUGUGUUCGUAACAAGGUUUGGGUUGCUGUUGCUGGUGUCAUCUCUGCUGGUUUGGCUGUUGUAUCCAGUUUUGGAUUGCUGCUCUACUGUGGGAUGCCUUUUUCUAUGACAGUGGCAACAUCCCCCUUUCUCAUUCUUGGUAUUGGAGUUGAUGAUAUGUUCAUUAUGAUCUCCUGCUGGCAGAAGACUGGAGUUGAUAUUGAAGUUGAAGAUCGUUUAGCCGAAACAUAUAAAGAAGCUGCUGUGUCCAUCACUAUCACCACACUGACAGAUGUGCUCUCUUUCUACAUCGGUCUCUUAACUCCCUUUCGCUCUGUUCAGUCUUUCUGUAUGUACACAAGUACGGCUCUUCUCUUCUGUUACAUCUUUAACAUCACAUUUUUUGGCGCUUGUCUUGCAUUGAAUGGAAGAAGAGAGAAGGGCAAUAAACAUUGGUUGACCUGCAUGGAAGUCCCAAAACCCAAUGAUGAUGAUACUGGUAAUGUUUGUUGUGUUGGUGGAGCUUAUGAUAAAGAAACUGGCACUGAUUCGGCAAUGCCAAUGGAUUUAUUCUUUAAAAAUCACUACAGCCCGUUUCUAACAAAGACCUGGGUUAAGAUCUUGGUGUGUUUGUUUUAUUCUGGCUAUCUGGCAGUCAGCAUCUAUGGAUGUUUCCAACUACAGGAAGGACUUGAUCUGAAACAUUUAGCAACAGACGGCUCAUAUGUUGGUUAUUAUUAUGAUGAUGAAGAUGAUUUCUUUUCUGCUUAUGGUCCCAAUGUCAUGUUAGUUAUAACAGAUGAAAACUUUCAGUACUGGAAUUCAGAUGCGCGUCAGAACCUCGACUCAUGUUUGGAUCUUUUUGGCAAUCUGUCAAUGGUGUCUAAAGAUGAAGAAGUUUCACGUGUUUCUUGGCUUCAUGAAUAUAUGAAAUAUGGACGGUUUCUUGGUGUAAAUUUAAACAAUGAAACACAAUUCAAACAACAUUUAACUGCGUUUCUUAGUGUUUCUGGUUUUAGUCAAGAUGUUAACUUCACUAACAAUAACAUUUCUGCAUCACGUAUGUUCUUUCAAACUGUUAACAUCAGGACAGCAGUCGAUGAGAAGAACAUGCUGAAUGCAUUUAGAGAAACAGCAGAUAAAUGUGUAAAGUUACAGACAUCCAUGAAUCUAACCGUCUAUCAUCCUGCAUUUAUCUAUUUUGACCAAUACACUGAGAUAGUCAGUAAUACAAUUCAAAAUCUAGUAGUAGCUACAUGUGCAAUGUUAGUUAUUUCACUCCUGCUAAUCCCAAAUCCUCUCUGUUCAGUCUGGGUAACAUUUGCUAUUGGAUCUGUCAUUGUAGGUGUGACUGGUUUUAUGGCAUUAUGGGAUGUUAGUUUAGACUCAGUAUCUAUGAUUAAUCUGGUUAUCUGUAUUGGUUUUUCUGUGGACUUCUCGGCUCACAUAUCUUAUGCUUUUGUGUCCAGUGAGGAACGUUCAGUAAAUGAUAAAGCCAUAGAUGCCCUCUAUAAACUGGGAUAUCCCAUAAUACAAGGUGCAGUGUCCACUAUUGCAGGUGUAGUGGUGCUCGCUGCUGCAAAAAGCUACAUCUUCAGGACCUUCUUUAAAAUCAUGUUUUUAGUCAUAAUGUUUGGGGCUGUUCAUGGCAUCAUGUUCAUACCCGUGUUCCUCACUUUCUUUGGGAUUUGUAGUAAGAUGUCUCGUACCAAACCUGAAACAAAUAAACCGCCUGAGUGCUGUAACAAAGUGAUUCCACGAAUAUCAACAGUAAUGAGCCCAAAACUACCACAGAUAAAUGAGGGAUUUAUUGAUUUGGAUUGUUACUGAGAAGUUUACGUUUGUAAAUGAUGUUAUCCGUUAUUUCUCUCAGAAGAUAUAUCAUCUUCAACAAGGGGUUGAAUCUUUAAUUUAUUAUUUUUUUAAAUACCCAGUGUCAUGUAGAUGUGUAUAAAUAGCACGAAGUGUGAAAACCGUGCAAUACAUACGCCAAAUUCCAAUAAAUGAUACGCAAGUCCUUCCCAUUCACUUAAACGGGGCAUCUUUUUUGUCGUUUUAUUUUUUGGUUUCUCAAUUUUUUCUGUUUUUUAAACCAUUUUCGCUUGGGUUUAGGGUUAGAUUUCAGAUUUGUUAUUUAAUAUACAGGUUUCUCCAUGUUUUUGUCUAUAUUUAAGCCAUGGUCGCUUGGAGUUGGGGUUAGAAUUGGGGUUUGGGUUAGGAUGUCAUUUUUAUAUAACAAAAAGUAG